GCGGGGGCGACCGGAGCUGGGGUAGAGUGGGGAGCGAGGGAGCGGGAGGAGAGAGAGGGAGGCGGAGGGCAGUGAGAGACGCAUUUCCAAUUCCCAACUACGAGCCACGAGUUUGCAGAUGGGGUUGCUCGGCGGCGCCUGUGGCUGAGGGAGAGCAGCCGCGGCGGGGAGCGACUGGGAACGGCGGCAGCGGCGGCGCGGAGGCGGCUGAGGUGCGAGCCGGUGAGUUGUCGGGGCCCACACGCCGCUCGGGUAACGGUCGCGCCGCGCGCUGAGCCGGCCGGGGGCGCCCUGUUGCUCGCCGCGGCGAGCCACGCGGGGACCCUGGCCCGCCCCGCCCCUCGGCACCUGGGCUUCGGCGGGCGCGGGGAAGAGGGGCCGGGGAGGCGGAGGCGGCGGCGGCGGCGCGGGCGGGGAAGCUGCUGGCCGCCCCCAACCCGGCCCGCGCGGAAGGGGUGCUCUGCCGGGCUCCUGGCUCUCUGGCUGCCGGCGAGCGUCCGGCCGGGCCCGAGCUCGGCAACGUGUCUGGCCCAUACUGCUGGCAGUCGUUCCCCACGCGCUCCCCGGCGCGGCCCCGGCUGGGGCUAGGGCCGCAGACGCGCGGGGCCCCAUCGGGUGCGGAACUCGGGUGCCGACACCUCUCCGGCGGGAGUCGCGGUGGAGCCUGGAUGGAGAGCUGGCCCGGGGGCGGCGUUGCUGUGACUGACACCUCCGGGGUCUGUCCCAAGAGGGGGCGAUUCUCCCGGCUCCCGCUUCUCUCCCGAGCUCUGAGUUCCUGGGGGAGGAAGCUUCUGCAACUACCGCCGCUACUUCCGAGGUACGAGACUCCAGUUGUUUGGCCAAAGUGGCUUUGGGCCGAGCACACGCUGCCCCGGGGACGUUCGCUGCUGAGAUCGUGCUCGCGGAUCCUGGCAGCAAUGCAGCAAGUCUUGGAAAACCUUACAGAGCUGCCCUCAUCUACUGGAGCAGAAGAAAUAGACCUAAUUUUCCUCAAGGGAAUUAUGGAGAAUCCUAUUGUAAAAUCACUUGCUAAGGCUCAUGAGAGGCUAGAAGAUUCCAAACUAGAAGCUGUCAGUGACAAUAACUUGGAAUUAGUCAAUGAAAUUCUUGAAGACAUCACUCCUCUAAUAAAUGUGGAUGAAAAUGUGGCAGAACUGGUUGGUAUACUCAAAGAGCCUCACUUCCAGUCACUGUUGGAGGCCCAUGAUAUUGUGGCAUCAAAAUGUUAUGAUUCGCCUCCAUCAAGCCCAGAAAUGAAUAAUUCUUCUAUCAAUAAUCAGUUAUUACCAGUAGAUGCCAUUCGUAUUCUUGGUAUUCACAAAAGAGCUGGGGAACCUUUGGGUGUGACAUUUAGGGUUGAGAAUAAUGAUCUGGUAAUCGCCCGAAUCCUCCAUGGGGGAAUGAUAGAUCGACAAGGUCUACUUCAUGUGGGAGAUAUAAUUAAAGAAGUCAAUGGCCAUGAGGUUGGAAACAAUCCAAAGGAAUUACAAGAAUUACUGAAAAAUAUUAGUGGAAGUGUCACCCUAAAAAUUUUGCCAAGUUAUAGAGAUACCAUUACUCCUCAACAGAGUUGCAUCAAUAUGGAGAGGCAUCCAGCACACAUCCAUCAGGUAUUUGUGAAGUGUCAUUUUGAUUAUAAUCCAUACAAUGAUAACCUAAUACCUUGCAAAGAAGCAGGAUUGAAGUUUUCCAAAGGAGAAAUUCUUCAGAUUGUAAAUAGAGAAGAUCCAAAUUGGUGGCAGGCUAGCCAUGUAAAAGAGGGAGGAAGCGCUGGUCUCAUUCCAAGCCAGUUCCUGGAAGAGAAGAGAAAGGCAUUUGUUAGAAGAGACUGGGACAAUUCAGGACCUUUUUGUGGAACUAUAAGUAGCAAAAAGAAGAAGAAGAUGAUGUAUCUCACAACCAGAAAUGCAGAAUUUGAUCGUCACGAAAUCCAGAUAUAUGAGGAGGUAGCCAAAAUGCCUCCCUUCCAGAGAAAAACAUUAGUAUUGAUAGGAGCUCAAGGUGUAGGCCGAAGAAGCUUGAAAAACAGGUUUAUAGUAUUGAAUCCCACUAGAUUUGGAACUACGGUGCCAUUUACUUCACGGAAACCAAGGGAAGAUGAAAAAGAUGGCCAGGCAUAUAAGUUUGUGUCACGAUCUGAGAUGGAAGCAGAUAUUAAAGCUGGAAAGUAUUUGGAACAUGGGGAAUAUGAAGGAAAUCUCUAUGGAACCAAAAUUGAUUCUAUUCUUGAGGUUGUCCAGACUGGACGGACUUGCAUUCUGGAUGUCAACCCACAAGCACUGAAAAUAUUGAGGACGUCAGAGUUUAUGCCCUAUGUGGUAUUUAUUGCGGCUCCAGAGCUAGAGACGUUGCGUGCCAUGCACAAGGCUGUGGUGGAUGCAGGAAUCACUACCAAGCUUCUGACCGAUUCUGACUUGAAGAAAACAGUGGAUGAAAGUGCACGGAUUCAGAGAGCAUACAACCACUAUUUUGAUUUGAUCAUCGUAAAUGACAAUCUAGACAAAGCCUUUGAAAAACUACAAACUGCCAUAGAGAAACUGAGAAUGGAACCGCAGUGGGUCCCAAUCAGCUGGGUUUACUGAUGAUUCAGUAAGGUUAACAAUGAAAAUUAAACUUUUAAAAAGUGACUGCAACAAUUAAACCUUCUACUGAGAAAAUACAUCACAGUUAGAAGAUCAUCUGCCAAGUCCGGGCGUUUUUAUGGUGUAGAUUGAAAUAACAGUACACUGUUCUGAAUUUUUAUAUAAAUUGUGGUUGGGAAGGUGUACUAAUAUAUAAUUUAUCUUAAUUUUUCUAACUUUGUAUGGAUAAUCUUUCUAUUCAUAUCACAUAAAGAAAUGCGUUGAAGCA